AUUUUAAUCACAUGACUCAAAGAUGGCAGCAUCCAACUUGAAAUGGUUUGUGUUCCUUUUUGCGUUUUCCUUCAUCGGCUCAUGUCUGGCAGUGGACAGUGUUCGACUAAUGAUUCUCGGGGACUGGGGAGGUCUUCCAACUCCCCCCUACCACACUGCCAUAGAAAUGGGUGUGGCCAAACAAAUGUCUGUUGUGGCUAAAAAGUAUGGUCCAGAAGCUAUCCUGGCUCUGGGGGACAAUUUCUAUUACGAUGGAAUAAAAGAUUCAAAUGACAAAAGAUUUGAGGAGACUUUUGAGAAAGUAUUUGCUGCUCAGCCAGGACUGGACUCCAUCCCCUGGAAUUUAGUGGCAGGUAACCAUGACCACAAUGGAAAUGUAUCUGGGCAGAUUGAAUACUCCAAGCGUUCCAAAGUCUGGCGAUUUCCAAACUACUACUAUCCUUUGACCUACAACAUCCCAGGAGGGGGUGUGGUCCAGAUUCUGAUGAUUGACACUGUGUUACUGUGUGGGAACACUGGCGACGAUUUCCUACAUGACCAGCCACAUGGACCUGUUGACCUUGGGGCAGCAGAUGACCAGCUGGCCUGGAUCACACAGAACCUGAAAAGUAGCAGUGCUGACUAUCUGUUUGUGGCUGGACAUUUUCCUGUGUACUCCAUUGCCGAGCAUGGCCCCACCCAGUGUCUAAUUGACAAACUGUUACCCCUUCUUCAGCAAUACCAGGCAGUGUAUUUGUCUGGUCAUGAUCACAAUCUGCAGCAUCUACAAGUCUCAAGACCUGGCUUGACUAUGAACUUCUUUGUGAUUGGAGCAGCCAACUUUGCUGAUAAUAGCAACGCUCAUGCAAAAGAUGUCCCUGCAGGGUCGUCCAAGUUCUUCUGGGCCAAGAUGUUGGAUCUGGGAGGGUUUGCUUACAUGGAAAUCACAAAACAGAAUGCUACUUUCACUUUCAUCGAUGGUGUUGGAAAAAAUCUGUACCAAAAGUUGUUGUUACCUCGCAGGAUCCCCAUCAACUAGUUAUACUACUGUUUAGUUGGGGGGGGGGGGGACUAAGUCAAGAUGAAUGAUAGCAUUAUUUUUCAUGAAAUGCUGGUGAUUUAUUCCACUUUGUAGAUGUGCCAAAAUUCAUUUCAUAUGUACAGUAUAACUCAGAUAUAAGGAAGUUACAGGGACCUCAAAUUUUGCUUCCUUUUAACCUAGAUUCUUUAUAUCUGUGUAAGGAACAUAGUGAAAAGUAUUAUACAGGAUUCAUAAAAAAUUCCUUCUAACCCAGAUUUUCUUGUAAGUGAGUUCCUUAUAAGUGAGUUUUACUGUACUUACAUUUUAUGUACAAGUUCAACUGCUCUAAGGCCUUAUCAAGAUAUCAUAAUUUUAGAAACACUAUGCAAUACAUUUACCAUAAUCAGUAAUUUUUGUUUGCAUUGACACACAUUAAUAUCACAUUAUGUUUAAUUUUCAGCGACACACAUUAAUAUCGCAUUGUAUUUAUCUGCACUUUGUACAUUCAAAUGUCACAAACAAUUUAUCUUUAUAUAUUUUUAGGUCACUUGAGCAAUGGGCAAAUUUAUGUUGGAAUACUUUUAAUUACUCAACAGGAAAAAUUUUAUUUUUUGAAAAUAUAAAUAAUAUUGAUAUUGUGGCCUUUUUCUUUAUUUGAAGCUUUAGUAUGGAUUUGCUAGCAAUAGCAAUACAUGUGAGUGCAAUAGCCCAUUGGU